AAGCAAAAGGCAAACAGAAAAGAGAUUCUACUACGAACAAAUAUAUAUAUAUAUAUAUCAUUUUUGGGCUGACCAACGUUACAGCUGCAUAGGAGAGGAGUUGGGAUUUCCUUUGUCCAGCUUACCUGCAGAUCACCACCAUUUCCAUCAUCACAGAGAGAGAGAGAGAGAGAGAGACUGCCUCGUCCUCAUCCCAUUGUUUUUGUGUCUUCGUUAUUGGAGCUUGUGCUAGAAGAUACAGUAAAUUAAACCGUCGGGGCUUGCCAAGUUGGAUACGAAAUAUCAUCAUCAUCAUAUGAUAUGCAGAGAAGUAGUGGCAUUUGGCAGUAACCUCGUAUAUGUGUGUAUAAAUAUGUGCCUUUGUGGCGCUUCAGUAUGUAUUCUGGUACGCACCGAGCGAGAGCUUCUUCCUAGUCUUGUUCGUUAAUUUGGUGGUUGGUGUCAAGUGUCAACACAACAUAUACAUACAGCUGCUCAUCCAAUCCAAUAUUAAUAUGGGCGAUAGCACAACUGUUGGUCCGUCGUCGACCAAAGGAUAUCGCCAGCUGCUGCUGAAGGGGUUGGGAAAUCAAAUGCUUAUUUCCUUGUUAUGCUGCUUGUUGCUUGCCGAUUCCACUGGAGCAGCUCGUGAUCUACAAAAGAAGACCACGUCCAAGCCCAUCAUAUCCAACAAUUCCACGGAUCUUUCUCAGAAUCGGAGGCUCCUUUUAUCCAAUGGACUCGGCCUGACUCCUCAGAUGGGAUGGAAUAGCUGGAACCACUUCCACUGUGGCAUUAACGAGAACGUUAUUAGGGAAACAGCGGAUGCAAUGGUUAAGACCGGGCUUGCUGCAUUGGGAUACAAAUAUAUAAAUUUAGAUGAUUGUUGGGCCGAACUUAAUAGAGAUUCUAAGGGGAAUUUGGUUCCUAAAGAUUCAACAUUUCCCUCCGGAAUCAAAGCUCUAGCAGAUUACGUGCAUGGCAAAGGGUUGAAGCUUGGAAUUUAUUCUGAUGCCGGAACUCAAACAUGCAGUAAAACCAUGCCUGGGUCCCUAGGACACGAGGAACAAGAUGCUAGAACUUUUGCUUCGUGGGGAGUAGACUACUUGAAGUACGAUAACUGUAAUAACAAUGAUAUAAGUGCUAGGCACAGGUAUCCUGAAAUGAGUAAAGCUUUGCAAAAAUCCGGAAGGAACAUCUUCUUCUCUCUAUGUGAAUGGGGACAAGAAGAUCCUGCAACUUGGGCCUCAUCGGUUGGGAAUAGUUGGAGAACAACUGGGGACAUUAAUGAUGACUGGAGUAGCAUGACUGCUCGAGCAGAUCAAAAUGAUCAAUGGGCGUCUUAUGCUGGACCUGGCGGAUGGAAUGAUCCUGACAUGCUGGAAGUUGGAAAUGGAGGCAUGACAACCAACGAGUACCGUUCCCAUUUCAGCAUUUGGGCUUUAGCCAAGGCUCCUUUAUUAAUCGGGUGUGAUGUUCGAGCUAUGGAUGGUGCGACAAAGGGAAUCCUUAGCAACUACGACGUUAUUGCUGUGAAUCAAGACAACUUGGGAGUUCAAGGUAAAAAGGUUAAGAAGAAUGGUGAUUUAGAGGUCUGGGCUGGCCCCCUCGCCGGUGGUAAAGUGGCAGUUAUUCUAUGGAAUAGGGGUGGUUCAGAAGCUACAAUCACUGCUAACUGGUCUGACAUAGGCCUUGACCGUGCAACCGUUGUUACAGCUCGGGAAUUGUGGGCGGGUUCAACACAAAAGUCGGUUAAGGGGAAACUCUCUGCCAGUGUGGCUUCACACGACUGUAAAAUGUAUGUGCUAACUCCGCAGUGAAAACGUCAUCCUUCUUAAAAAGAAGUGUGUCUACAGGAGCGAACUAGUUAGCAAUAGCAGCUGGAGGCUCCAAUCCCAACCCCCAGAUAAAUAAAUAGUCAUCGACUGUUCUGUACUAAUGUUCGUACAUAGGGAGAGAGAUAGCAAAUGGGAAACUCCAUGUUAAUUCAAUAAGGAGAUGGCAAGUGAACUGUUGGAGGUGAAAACAAGUUUCAAUAUUAAUAAUAUAUUUUGAGCUUAAUAA